AUGGACUCGACGACCCUCCACCACCCCGUGCCUUCUUCGGUGGGCGUCGACUCUCAGGCCGUUUUCCCUGUCUCUUCCUCGGCCUAUUCACAGCCUGCCUCUCUGCCUCAAGGCGCGGCUUUCCGCCCAAACCCCAUCGCGCAUGCAGCCGCUUCUUCCCCCGCAGCGAGCCAGUAUGCUGCCUUCUCUGACGCGGCUGCAUGCGCGAGCGAGCUGGUCCGCCAAGUCGCGCUGGCGGACGAGACUGACGGGUCGCUGGAGAACAAGCUGCGCGGAGUCGGCGCCUGGGCGGGCGGGUGUACGUACACCCAAGCAACGGAUCUCCGGUCCUACGAGGAGAACCGUCACGCCUUCUCGUUGGGCCAGGUGUACCCCGAGGUCGUCCCUCUCCCUCCUGUGUUGCAGCGCCUCCUUCGCCGCCCCAAGGCGGUGAUUUCAGAGACCUUUCCUCAACAAACCUGGGAGGAGACAGGCGCAGCGACUGGCGGCUUCGCCUCCGCCGGCUCUUCCGCCGGCUCUUCCGCUGUCUCUUCCGCCGUCUCUUCCGCUGUCUCUCCCGCCUCGCCGUUCUCUCCCUCUUUUUCACUUGCGCCCCGCGGCAUCCUCCCGCGCCUCCAACUGCUCUGGGUGGCUGAGGGAGCGACGCUGCACCUCUGGCCGCUGCCUGGUGACUCUGGGUCUGCUUCGUCGCUCUUUUCGGAGGCCGCCUGCGACGGCGACGAUUUGGGCCUCGUGACGAGCGCGCCUCAGAAGCGAUUGCAUGCGCGGCGCCUCAUGGACCAGCAGCGACUGUUGCACUCGACCCUCAGCUUCGAGUUGCCUGCCUCCAUUUCUUGUCUUGAGCAUGUUCUCCUUCCACGUUCGCUCCUCCCGCCUGCCUUCGCCGCGUCCUUCCUCUUCUUCUCCGCGUCUCGGAUCUGGAAGACGCGUGUCACCGCCGAGCGUAGGAUUUCUGGGACCUCGGAAAGAGAGGGAACGAGGAGCGAGGCGGACUUUUGCAGCGAUCCUUCCGCGCCGCCAGACCUCGUGGAAGCGACGCAUUUCCACGCCCUCGUUGCCGUCUCGGCCUCCUCUGUCUCCAUUCUGGCCCUCGGCUCUCCACCGACUGGAGACGCGGGUGAGAACGCGUUCUGGCCCACUCCCCUCCCCUCGAGUGUUCCUUCUUCUCUGCAGCUGUACGAAGUCGCGAGCCUCCGUCUCGGCACUGCCGCCGCUUCCCCGUUUGCCUCCCUCUUCGGUGCUGAAGACUCCUUGGAGAUCACCGCAGUCGGUGUCCACCACGCCGCCUCCCGCAUCUUCUUCGGCGACAAAUCCGGAAACCUGUACGAGCUGCGCCUCCUUCCCAUCCCCUCUUCGGGCCCCUUGGGCUCCAGCGCGGAGACGCGCCGGUUUGGGCUCCGGAAGAUCCGGCGCAGAGACGCUUUCGCGGCCUCCCGGCGCAGCGAGAGAGUGGGGCGCCGGGCCGACGGGGAGACGCCUGAGACGCCUGAGUCAGAGGAGGAAGCGCUGUCUGCGUAUGGUUCUUCCGACGAGGAAGAGAUCGCGACAGCGAGAGAAGGCGACGCGAACGCCGAGGAAGUAGGCCUCUUUGAGUGUCGCCUAGAGAGACUGGGCGCUUCGCUGGUCUCCAGAGUUCUAAAGGGCGCCUGUGAGGCGGUUUCCUCCGCCUUCGCCUUUCUCCCUUCUCGCCGCAGCCGUUCCGGACGUAGGCAAGAGCGGCAGAGACGGUCUCUCUCGGCUACUCCGCCAGAGAGGAGAGCCGAUGACAGAGACGAGGCGAGACAGGGCGGCGAGAGAAUUCUGUCGAUCACUGCCGAUGACGAACGGGGCGCGCUUUGGGUUCUGAAUGCCGCCUCAGACGUCGCUCUUCUCCUCCUCGAGCCCCCCGCGCUGUCGCCAGACGGGACGCUCGUCGAAACGCAUCCGGCUGUCACCGUCGUGAGGCUGAAGCGACGCGAGAUGGAACGGCAAAUCGGCGCGGACUUCCGCAACUGGACCUCGCCCCCUGUCCCCGUUUGUGGGGAGACCCAGUGUCCCCAGUGUGGCUCCUCGUCUCGUUUCAGCUUCCGGUCGCCCCUGCAGGCGCCGCUAUUUGGCGGGGGGUCGAAGGGCCUCUUUGGCUUGUUUGGAGCGCAGCAGGAACUACGAGUUCUCAGUGCCCACCCCACAGCUCCGCAUGAGGCAGAGUCCAUUGCCGUCGUCCUUCUCGAUGAAAGAGGAGGACGAAUCUAUCUUCAGCUGGAGAAUUUUCGCCUGGUCUCGCGACUCAUGGGAGAGACAUCCCAGGACUCGUCUCAGCCUCCAUCCUACCCUCAGGCCUCAUCGCCGCCGUUCCUGCGAGUCGCCUGGUACCGCCCCGCGCCCGCUGCCGCAGGUUUCUGCGGCUGGCCCUCGCAUAUAAGCCGAAGCGGGGACGGCGCGGUUGGGAGCCGGCCGGGUCCGAACGGCGUGGCGCCUGGCGGCUUGUGCGGAUCGCGUCACCGGAAACUGAAGCUGGGGUACUACGCACAGGGGGCAGCGGUGCUCUUGUUUGAGCCUGAGGAAGGCGAAAAAGAGAAGAGCAGACGCGACGGAGAACGCGAAGGGAGACAGCGCGCAGCGAGUGAGAGCCAGGCUCAGAUGGUUGUGCCGGCCUUUGAGAGACUCGUGGCGAUAGUCCCGGACUUGGAAGUCUCUGCCCGCGAGGCGACGCCUUCGACUUCCUCUUGGUGCCAUGCGCCCCAUGACCAGCGAUGUCAACAGUCUUCAUCUACGUUCUCAGGGUCGUCUCGGCGCAUCCAGCCUCUGAAGGAGUCCUUCGCGGCCUUCCCUCUCUGCGCCUUCGGUUCCCCUGCAUUCGGUUCUUCUUUCGCUCCUGGCGAGUCUCUGUGGGUGGGAGAACUCCCCUGUUCUUUCGGCGAUAGCGCUGUGCAUGCACUCUCUGGGGCGGCAGCCUUUACGCUUCCGUCGCCAUUUGACAUCGCGAAAAGAAUCCACUGGCGAUACUUGCCGUAUCGAGACGUCUUGUCUUCUUCCAGUCCCGCAACGCGGCGCGCUUCGUCGACCUCCCGGGGGGCUCGAGGGGCUUCCGGAGGCGCGUAUGGCGGUUAUUCGGGGGGAACUGGCCUGUCUCCGCAACCUGGAGCUUCCUUCGCUUCUUUUUCUGCGCGUCCGUCGGGCACCUCGUUCUUGAACGGCAACCUGGGGGCCCUGCCUGCUCCUCCGACCAAUCCGCUGUUUUCACCUGUCGAGAAAACCAUCGCAGUGGCGCCGCCUCCCUUCUCUUCCUUCGCAGUUCACGGCAGACAGGCGUACGGCGCGCAUGCAUUUCUGGGCUUCGGCAGGCGCCAGGAAGGCCCCGAGCUGGCAGUGCCUCUCUCGGCGCUUCCCGCGCUCGCUCGCGACCAGGCGCUGCCCUCCCGGCGGGUGUUGAUUCUCACCUCGCGCUGUGUCCUUUCUCUCACCUUCUGCUCUCUCGAGGAGAUCUACAAAAAGCUGGCGACUCGGCUGAUUCGCCAGGUCGAGUCCCGCGCUCUCUUCGGUCCCCAAGUGCGUCCGGGGCCUUCGGGGUCUGAGGCCCGGCGAGACCCGCAGGGGGGCAGUGCGUCGCCGCAGGGUCAGGGCGGGGGAUCUUUCUUGCCUUUCUUCAAGAGGAAGUCCACACACGAGACGGGAGACGAGACCGAGAAAGCGAUGCUCGCGGCGGUUGUGGCCGCCACGGACAGCCGUGGGCGCGAGGGCGAGGUGAGAGACACUGCUCGCGAGGGGUGGAGGCGCAAUUCGGCGACGGCCGCGCUUCCAGUUGAACAGCGCAUCCAGCGAGUCUACGCGCAGCUCCUCGCGCGCCAAACUCGCCAGGAGGCCGAACGAAGUCCCCAGACGAUCCGGGGGGCCUACGCCUCAGGUGUAUGGACACCCCACGACCCACGCUCGGGUGUACCUACACCGUACGGAGGGUCUCCGGGACUCGGGUCUGAAGGUGCCCGCGGCUGGACGCGCCUGGUGGACGGAUCCUCUGGCGGCUUUUUUUCCGGCGCUUCGUUCGGGGGAAGCUCGCGCGAUGGAAAGCUCGCUGCAGACUUUCCACCUGCUUCUCGCGCUCCGGGAUUCCUGGAGGAGCUGUUUCUGGCGUAUCUCCGCGAUGUGUAUACACCCGAGCAGGUCGCGGCCGUCUGCUGGCAGUUACUGAUUGACUUCCCGACGCUUCUCGCGCCGUCGCGCUCGUUGUCCGCGCCGAGUUCGGCCUCGAACCUCCACCAGGCGCUGCGGGCUCUGUUGGUCCAUGCGAGUGAGGCACGCGGCGAUGUAUCUCUCGCCGGGCUGCUGACCGCGCAUGCAGGCCUGCUUUUCCACGCGGCCCCAGCGCUGGCGGCGCCGAGUGUGACGCUGCCUUUCUCUUCUCGCGGGGACCGAGCGUUCCUCGACCUCUUCCUGCGCUCUACGGUGACGCUCAGCACACCGUUGCCUCCUGCGGCUUCUCCCCUCGUUCUUCAGUCCCUCCGACGCGGCGACGGCGCGCAGGAGGAGGCCGACGGGCGUCGCAUGCGUUUCCUCGACGCGCAUGCAGCCGAGCAGUUCCUCACCCCGCUCCGCAGGGGCUACGUGGGCGGCGCCCAGACCCGCGGCGAAGAAGGCGGACCUCGCAGUCGCUUGUCCUCCGCGACGGAGACAGGUCUGCGGUUCGCAGAUUUGAGAGGCGACGGCUGUAUGCGCGAGCCAGGAGCCUCGCUCGGCGCGCCGGGGACCCAGUCACAUGCGGCGCAGGCGCAGAGUGCGUCUCGGAGCGCCGCGGCGCUUUUGUCCAGCGCCGGCGCGCCGUUCUUCGAAGUGGAGGAACAAGGAGGCCCCGCGGCGCCCGGUCUGUCUCCGACCGAAGUCGCUGCGCUGCUCUUUCUCUCGUGGCGUGUGCUGGUGGGCGAGAAGGAGACACCGGGGGGCGCGGGGGCCUCGCGGUCCGCAUGGAGGAGCUCCGACCAGGAGGCUGACGUUGCGAGGCUGAAGGAGCUGGAGAACGAGCUGCAGCAGCUGCGACAGCGAACUGCAUGCGACGGAGCUGACAGGCGACGCGAGCGAAGCGAGGGGAAAGGAGACCUGGGGCGACUGGAGAACAGCAGAUCACCCAGAUGCUGGUUGCUUGGCGCGACAAACGACCCUGGGAAGCCCGCGAGUCUGCAGGAGCAGCAGCUCGAGUUGCAGAUUAAGCAGCUCCAGCUUCAAAUUGAUCAACGAAACUACCACGCGCAACUCAGCACCAACGCAGCGCCUGCGGCAGCCGACUUCUUCUCGGUGUCUCCGACGGCAAAGGGCCUUCUUCUGUUUGUUUCGCGGCUUCUGCGGCCUCUGCUCUUCGCGCCUCUCUUUGAAGCUGGUCACGACGCCUCCGGAAUUCUCCGUUCGCCAGCGAGCACGAGUGCGACGCCUGUCGCUGGCAAGUUGAAGAGGCGCUCUCGAUUUUCUUCCUUCCUUUUCGGGGAUCCCUCAGAGAGCGACGCCGUCGCCCCACCAGCCGCUUCGCUGCUCGCCGUUGCGAGUCUCGCGGGCGUCCAGGCGAGUCAACUGACUCCUGGAGCCGUCCCAGUCCCCAUCUGCAUGCGGGGACGGUUCUCACUCUCGGCCGUCUCGACCUUGCAGAAAAAGCUCGCGCUUCUCUUUAUGGUUGUCGACGCAGUGUACACGGCCAUUUUCGAGCGUCACGUGAUGAGGCGGCAAGAACAGAUUGCAGCGUCUCAGGUGUCUCCAACGCCUUCAUUUGUAUCCUGCGCUCCUUUCGCACCCUCGCCCGUAACUUCUGCGCUUCCUCCGCACUGGCCACUCGCUGCGUUCUCUGCGUCUGCGGCAGCUGACGCGCGAGACGCAGACUCCGUCGCCGCGGGAUUUCUCGGCGGCGCGAAAACGCAAGACACCAACUUGGCAGACUCAGUCGCCGCGGCGUCCAGAGCUGCGAUCGUCUGGGGGAGCCUCCCGUCACACGAGCAAGAAGAGUUGCAACAGCUGUUUGCGGUGUCGCGCAUGCUCCUCUUCUGCAACGAAGCGCUCGCGGCCUACCGUCUGCUGCUGCGGGAGGUGGAGAGCUGUGCUCAGCUGGGAAGGCGGCGCAUCAUCGACCCGCUUCAGUUCGACCGCGUUCUCUGUCUCAAUCUCUCGCUCUUGUGCUCGGAGAGAAGCAGCCGAGAAGACUUCCGGCAGUUCGUCUUCAGCUGCGUCUCCGUACAGAGUCCAGCCCUCGGCCAACUGUGCACAGGCGCCCUCUUCACGCCGCAAGAGCUGCGCGCUCACAGCGCAUUGAUGCAGCUGAAGAGUUUCAUCGACGAAGGUCGGGAGGCGCUGGAGCAGAACAUGUUUCAGCAGAAGGUUUUUCUUUCCAGGUUUCUCGCGCAGCACGGAACGGAGGCGGAGGCGACUUGCGGGGCCUCUUCGCUGCCUUCACUCCCCGCGCCGAGUCCAGCUGUCCUUUCUCUUCAGACACAAAUUCUUCAGUUUGUGGGAUCUCAACUUGUUCCUUUUCUCUCCUUUUUCCCCAUGCAAACGCUCGCCGAACUCCUCGUUUCGGUGCAGAUGUACAGGCUCCUGGUUAGCGUGGUGCAUGCAAAAGCCGAGGAGUUGUCUACGCGCCACAGGCUCGCUGGCGGUGCAUGCGGGCGGAGCUUGACCAGGCUGCCUUCUCCCGCCGAGCAAGAGAAGGAAAUAGAAGAGACCUGCUACAGCCUCGUGACCUCCUGGCUUCAGAGGUUCCUCGACCUUCACCUUGAUGCGCGCCAGCGUCAACGCGCCUCACAAGCAGUCCCCGUCUCUUCCUCGCCUCAGGGCGACGGAGACGCAGAGGCGCUCUUCUGGCGCAUGCAGGCCGCGGCGCUCGUGUCUGCCGUGCUCAGCUGCGACGAUGAAAAUUUGCAAUCUUCAGUGUUCUCCUGGAUCGCUCAGGCUGGCCAGAAAACUUUUCCAGAGUCGCUUCUCACGUUGAACAGCCCAUACCUUUUGCCCUGGCUGCAAAGACACUUUCGACAUUUCGCUCUCGAUGUGGGUGCCUUCUAUGCGGCGGCAGGUCUCUCCUCCAGGGCAGCAGCCGAGUACCUCGCCCAGGGUCUGCGUCCAUGGCGCGAAGAGGACUGCCCUGCCGUUGCAGAUUCGCCUCUUCCUCCUCGACCUCUCGAUGGAGCGAGACGGCCGCCGAACCCUCCAAACGCCACAGACAGGGAGAGGACGAACGCCGAGAAUCAAGGCGCUCCCCCAACUCGCGAUGGAGACUCAGAAGACGGAGUCGCCAGGGAACAAACGGCACAACUCCUCGCCUUCGACGCAGAGCGAGACGCAUUCUGCGUUGAAAAAACCUCUCUCAUUUGGCGGCGCACAGCCGCGUAUGUUAGCGAGCAGGCUCGCGCGCCGUCGCUGCAGAGGCGGUUAUUUCUUCUUGCACAGGCGAAGGACGCUCUUCAGCAGCAGGCGCAGGAGCUGCAUGCAGAGAAAGAAGUCUUUCCAGGACUCCAGAGGGCCUCCGGAGACACACCCGUAGAACGGAGACAGUUCGCCUCUCCUUCACUUGGCAACGCGAGAGCGGCCUGGCUUAGCGCGCAGGCCGUCAGCGACUGCAUGCAAAAUCCGUUUUCGUCUCUCCUCGUUGGAUGCGUCUCAAUCGAACAAAUAUCGGAAAGCAUUCAGAUGGUGGGAUGCCAGCAAGGUCUUUUGCGAGACUGUUUGCGCGUAUUUUGCUUCUUGGCGUUGGAGUUCGCUGCUGCUGCGGCGCGUGUGAAGAGCGAGCUCGCUUGCAGUCGGAGAGGCGCUUCGUUGUGCGGCCGUUCAGCAGAGACAGGCGAAGGGUGCUCCUCUGGCGAGAAAACGGCUGCAGCAGAGAGAGAAAAAGGAGAGAGGGAACAACUCCUUCGGGAAGCUGUCGAAGAUUUCCUUCGAGACUUCUUUGCACACAGAGAAGAGAUCGACAGGAGCUCCGCUGCCGGCUGUCACGAGCGAACUCCAACCAGUCCGCAACAUCAGCAAAACGCGGAACAAUGGGAGAUUUUCGACAGUCUGCUGGACCUGAUGAAGGCACUGCAGACGACGGUGUACUCGCGUUCGGAGCUGCUCACGUUGGCGGACGUCUUCUGGCGGGCAAACCGUUUCGUCCAAGACGAGUCGUUUUCGUCAAUUUUCCCCUCGAUCACCGCUCUCCAGCUCCUCGCUCGCGCCUCGCCACCGGACGGUCGGCGUUCUCGUGACGGAGACACGGAGAGAACCGCAAGCGGCGGCGCCAGGAGAGACGCUGGAGAGUACAGAGCAGAUGCAGAGGAAAGAGUCUCGGAACUCGACGCGGGAGAAGGCAAAAUUGCUGCAGCUUGCGGUUGCUACUUAGCCUUCGCCGCGGCUGCCUCGAGAGCUCUGGAAAACGAAAAAAUUCUGCACAGCGCGCUCGACGAUCUGCUUUCUUAUCCGGACGUAGGUUUGCGGCGUGUACAGCGACGCCUGAUGCCGGAGUAUCUUCUGCUUCUGCACAAGUUCGUUCAGGAGCGAGAGUUGUCGCUUUCUCCGCUUUUGACUCGUGACAGGAACGACUUCUCUGGAGAGCAGAGUCGCUUUGUCGAGGAACUGCUUCUUCAUCCUUCUCGACGGCUCGGAGGCGACGACGCAUGCACAGAGUGCCUGCUCCUUCCUCCUGCGCUGUGGCCAGCGUGGAUGAUUCUGCACCGACGCGUCCCCCCUGAGACGCUGGUCGACGCGUAUCUCCACCUCGUGCGAACUCGGUCUCCGGGCAUGACGCUUCACAUCAGUCUCACGCCCCAGGUGCAGGCGACGAUUUUCGCUUGGCUGUUCGACGCCUGGUUGAUGAACGAAGAGAACUCAACUUCUGGACAAACCUUCAUCAAGACGUUUUCCUUCUACUUGAGCGAGGGAAAACUCCCUUUUUUCGAAACGCCCAACGACUGUCUUCAAGCGCAGUUGAGUCGAGAAGAACAAGAAGGCGCGGCGGACGCAUGUCGCAAGCUGACGCGCAUGGUGUUGACCAUCGGCGCGGCCUUGGCUGCUGUUGCUGCGGAUGUCCCUCAACUAAAACAACUCGAAAUGUAUCGCAGCGCCUGCCUCGCACUUGACACUUUCCAAAGCAAAUUGUCGCUCUACGCAUCUGCUCUUCAACAACCCAUAGACAGCUGA